AUGAAAAAUUCUUUGUCUUCAACUCGUACAUUCCUGUACACUCCUCCACUGUGGAACAUAAGAAUGGUUCUACUCCUAACUCUGUUCCUAGUGUAUGAACUAAGCAGUACAAUAGAGGCAAAGUCACAUACAUUAAGUACGUAUAUGAAUCGGACUGUCGUCAGUAAAGCAGGCAGAUAUCUCACCAUCGGCAAACAAGGAAUAACUGGAGAAUAUUCAUAUAGCCCGUACGGUAAGAAAAUUUGAGAUUUGACUUUAGUAACAUAUCUAGAGAUAAUUUUCAACCACAUUAAACAAAACCCAAAGAAAACUGAUCACGGGUGGACGGUAAUAAAAAAUUAACACGCUUUGCUUGGUAGGGAUGCAACUGCUACCUGAAAAAUAUAAGUAGAAAAAAAUACUGGCCAGUUUUAGAAGUUAUAUCACACAUUGUACCUAUUAUAUAAUGGCGAUUUGCAAAACGAAGAUUGAGCUGAUCGAGUAUUUUGACCGAUAUAUUGAGGUGUUUUAAUUAAAAUCACUAUUAAUAAUAAAUAAACUUGGAGUGUAUAAUUUAACUUCCCAUACAAACCAGUGUAUUCAAAGUCAAAGAGGAAUUUAACGUUAAUAGAAACAUUAACGUUAUAAGAAAUUUGACUUAAUUGACGUGGAUAUCUAUUACAGUGGUGACACUAAAACAACGAUAUACGGUGAUGAUUUCCGUGGGUUUUACUCAUGAAUUGUUUGUUAAUGAGUUUUGGAAAUCACUUUAAAAAAUCAUUAAUAAUUCAUGAAGCAAUUAUCCAAUCUUGAGUAAGAAAUUAGUCACGUGCAUGCAUACGUCUUUAUACCAGCUAAAGAACACUUUAACAAAAGACCAUUGUUAUGCAAACUAUAUAAAGAUUUUUAUAUAAAGAUUUUUAUAUAAAGAUUUUUAUAUAAAGAUUUGACUUAUUAUGCAUACGUUUUUGAAGUCAUUUAAAAAACUCGCGGGUCGUGUUUUGAUUAGGCCUAACAAAGCCAAAGGGACUUCGAGGUGUUUUGAAUCUUUUACAGGCUGACACUAUUAUCUCUUCUUCAUUAUUGAAUCAAAUGAAACAAAAUGUCCAACGAUUUAAAACAAUUCUUUGUUCACUUGGUAUAUCAGGGUGUAUAGUAGAUACUAGUAGAUUAUGUAAAUAUCUCUCUCCUUUUCCAUUGCAGCUAAACUAGCGAUACGCACAGUUGGAUUUAACUCAGAGAUUACAAUAAAAGCAGUGAAGAUGGAUAAAUACCUGGCAAUGGACAGCACCGGGAAAGCUUAUUUAGUGGUAAGUGCUUGUUUUCGCUUUUGAACUGUUCAGAUCCAAAAGUUGAGGUUUUGUAAGGGAAUGAAAAAUACACUUCAUCUUUGGUUUAUCAAAGGGAAAAAAUAUCCAAUGUUUCAAACUUAGCCAGAAUAUACCAUGCACGAUUUAGGGUGGCUUUAUUAUGGCACUCAGUUGUAACACUGUUACAAGUGUUACACAGUGUUAAACAAUGCUACAUAUUCUUACAUAGUGUUACACAGUGUUAUACAGUGUUACACAUUGUUACAUAGUGUUACACAGUGCUACAUAGUGCUACAGAGUGCUGACAGUGUUACAUAGUGUUACAAAGUGUUACAUAGUGUUACAUAGUGUUACAUAGUAGUACAUAGUGUUACACACACUAACCCUACCCCUAACCCCACCCCUAACCCUACCCCUAAAUAAAGAUAGUGUAACACUUGUAACACUGUUACCCGAGUAUAUACCCGAUAAUACACCCUAAAUCAUGCAUCAUAUGAGCCAGAAGCAGUCCUUACCAUGUAACAUGUACAAGUUUAGUCAUGCAACCACUUAACUAUGCCUACAGAAUCCAAAUUCUUAAAAGACCUGCAUGGAAGUUACACCAUUAUCCUUCGUAUAUAUACCAAGGAUAAUGGUAACCGCCAUGCAGGCCUUUUACAAAUUUGGACUCUGUAGAAAUAGUUAAGUGGUUUCAUUCUAGCUUUUAUAAUAUAUUCAGUGGAUUAAGUGCUUUACAUUGUCCAUCUCUGAAGGACCAUCAUCGUAGAAAGCAAUUGGUUACUAUAACUAUAAGCUUUAAUUAAACACAAAACAAUACACGCAUUGUAACAUUGUCAUAGAGAAUGACAAUGUUUACAAUUUACAGACAAUUUAUGCCUGCAUGGAUUCUUUUAAACAAAUGUUAGCUUUCCAUGUCUCAGUCCAGACCUGGAAAGAGUGUUCAAUGUUCCUCGGAUCCUGAAUUUGCUUCUCUGAAUGUUCCUCAAAAUGCGUAAAAACAAUGGAAAAUUCGACAGUGCAUUACGCCAUUAUGUACGCAACAACAAAGUAUGUAUACCUGUCUGUAUUUAUGUCACAAACGGCAGAUAAGGAAGUAUAUGAUAUUAAGAGGAGAAUCUUUUGUAUGUCACGCUCAAAACUAUCUUUCCACUUGGUUAUGACUAGUAUAUUCAAAUAAAAUAAUGCUAAAAUGAAGAGAUUUUAGAUAAUACCCAAAAAGAAAAUGAUGUCUGAAGUUCAGUAAGUUUUGCUUAUAUUGCUGUAUAUAAAUAUGGCGCCAAUUUUAUAGGCUGCGAACAGGCUCUCUCUGAACUCUCUUUGAAAUUUGAGAGAGAGCCUACAGGCCUAGCUAAUAAAAAUGCGUCUUUGGCGUUGCUUACAACGACGCAGGGUUCCCAUUGGUUGAAACCGAGUAGUUGGUUAUUAACUACAUCAUACUGCCAUAAAAGGUAAUGAAAUUUACAAAACAAUAGAUUCAAGAUGUCAAAACAAAACGCGGAAAUCGAAAAAUAUCGUUCUAUAGCGAUAAAAAAAUGUAUUAGACGAGUUGUAUAGAAAACUAAAUUUGGGCAGUCAAAUGGGCAGUCAAAAGCUCUUAGCAAUAUUCUAGACGGAAACGAUGUUUUAUGCUGUAGGCUUUAAAUUAAGAGAGUUUGGCAAAAUAACGGCGACGGCAACGUGCUUAUAUCAAGUUAUCAACAAUAGCAUCUUUACUCUAAGACAAAGGCGACUAUAAAUUGUAUUCCUUUGUCUUUGAACAUUCUAGUACGCCGUAGUUGUUCAAACUGCCACGUUAUUUACAUCAUUUUCACGGCUCAUGACCACGCCAACAGAGUAAAACGUUAAAGUCCUUCAUUCCUUUGCGGUGUUUUAUGUGAAUUCACUUACUAUUGCUACUUCAGGGAAUUUCAGGGUUGUUUCGCUUAAAUACAAAAGUAUAAGUAAUUUUCUUUUCUGCCAUCGCCUUUGUUGGUUGCCAAACUCACUAAUGACACUGGUAUUACCGACAGGCUAUACGGCAAAAGCUUAAUAUUUCAACUUUCGGUCCUCGUCCAGGAGAGGGAAAGAAGAGAACCCGCUAUAGCCAUCAUCAUUUAUUCAUUUGUCCUCUAAUUAGUAUUAUAGAGGACUAAAUGGAAGAAGCUAAGGACCUUGGUAUUAGCUCGGUUUGCGUUAGUGACGAAUCAAACAUUAGGGGACAUAAAAUCGGGGAAAUUUCAUUUGAUAUUUGGAUCGGCCGAAAACGUUCUUAACAAGUGUAGUAUCGACGCUUUAAAAUAUUCAAGUUGUCAUUUGCGUAUUAAUCGUUUGGUUGCUUUUGUUAUAGACGAAUCUCACGUCAUUGAGACGUGGACUGGUGAAAGGAAAAUACAAAUUCAAAAUGCACAUUUUAUUUUUAUGCAUGUCCCGCAUAAUCUUUCAGACCAUUCUGGACCUCUUUCACAAACAAUCCCUAUAUUUUGCAAAAGAACUUCAACCCUAUCUUGCCCUACUGUUGGCUUGACUUGAGCAAGUUCACUAUUGAAACGGACUUCCAUGCAUGUACUGUAUCUCCGUAUUUUACUUUUAAAGAAGCAUUGCAACAAUGGCAAAAUUCGUUCACAUUUUCAGCGGUUUUUUACGAGUAAAUUUUUUUGGAGUUUCUUUCCAACUUGACAUUACAGACUUGUUGUAAACAAUUAUGCGUUGAAAUCGAGAUUUGCAUUUUGUUUACAUCUAUAUAUUCGCAGGCUAUUACAUAAGGCGCGUGCCUGAUAUUAAUUUGUCACAUUGUAAUUUUGAAUGAUUAAAAUUUGACACAUUUUCAUUUGAUUGACAACACUAUUAAGAAGAUGGGCACAGACGUAUUUUUAUUGACUAAAUCGGCAGGCUCUAAUUCAAUUCAAAGAGCCUGUUCGCAGGCUACCAAUUUUACAGCAAUGAUAAUUGUGUUUAAAUUGACAAUAUUUAACUACAUAUUACAUUGUGUUUCUCAACCGCCAGAUACAUUCAAAAAGGUUGCUAACUGCCUUAACUACAAAAUAAAGCUAAAACAAAUUUUGAGAGAAACGCCAAAAAGAUUUUAGGUUUUGAACACUUUUCAUUGCAAAUACGCGACGUUGAAAAAAAUUGCCUCUUAAUAAUGAUUCUUUGUGAUUCUCCCUUAACUUAUAUUGAGUAAAUUCGAAAUAUUCUCUAAUCUGCUUGCUAAGGCAAAAAAUCGAGCUAUCGAUGAUCCCACUUUUUUCUAGAUCUGUCUGAGUCUAUAAUAUGAACUACUCUCGUCUGGGUCUAGCUGUAACAAUUGUGAAAGGUCCUUCACUCCAUCUCAAAGUUAUUGGCUUCAAAGUUAUUAAAGGUAAACUAUGAGAAAUGUACUCAAAAUGUAAUCUUUUUUCUAGGUAAAUGAAACGAAAGAAGCAGUGUUGACCAUUAAAUUCCGAAUAAUUACUGGAUUUUUCUCAAUUCGCUCUAAGUCAUAUCCAUCAAAAUAUCUGGCUAUCUCUGGAACGGGAUCUGUUAGUGGUGGUACGAAUACGAAGAGUGAUGAUACGUUGUUUGCCUUGUUGUUUACUACUUAA